AUGGAAAUACUGCAAAAGGUGCUUAUUGGCUCGCUAAUCGCGAUUAUUCUAACGUCGAUAAUCUUGCCAAUCGUCAUGUUCUCACUUUCAGAUUCCACGGAUAAAGUCGUUAGGAAUCCUCUAGAACUCGACAUUUCUGUAGAGCCACCAAAGACAAUCUGGACAAAGAAAUACCAUCUACCCUAUGAAGCUACUGAAUAUGCCAUUAACGACAUUGUCAAGGAAAACUUUAGAAUAGGCACCGUUAGGGACGGCAAAGAAGUGCUCGUUGAGAAUGGAGUUGAUGCCGACAAGACCGUAAUUUUCAUAAAAUAUGAUGAUGGAACAAGGUAUAUUUUGGUCCAUUCUGUAGAUUUGGCCAAUGAAAAGAGCGCCAGCGGUAAUGAAGGAAAGGGUGGAGUAUCUAACCCCAAGACAGAGCUUUUAGAAUUUGCCAAGAAACAAGGUGAAGCAGCAUACUCUAGAGUAGAAAGAAGGCCCAUUGAAGUAGACUUGAUGAAGGAAGCACCUCCAUCUGUAACGGUCUCCAAGAUCGACUCUAGACAUUUUAUUUACAGAGUCGGAGCUGACGAGUUUUUUAGUCUCCACAUUGGUACCAUAAAGUAUGGAGAGCACCUUGUGGAAGAGAAUGAAGAGGGAACGAGUCAAAAGUAUGUCAUUGUCGAUAAAAACGGGACAUAUCCCAAAAUCAAGACUUUUGUCUCGAAGAGGAACGGGCAAAGCAUUGAGAGAUUAUACGAGUUUACAGACGGAAAUUUUAAAAGAUUGAGCGAAAAGUUGAAGGAGUUUUCAUUUACUGGAUUGUAUUGA